GAUAGCGCCUUGAUCAAGAGAUCUCUAUCUCCGGCCCAUCACGUCUUCCUUAGGAUUCUCUAUCACGAACGGACUUCGUCUUCUUAUCUUCUUAUAAUUUUCGAGAGAAAAGAAUAUUUGAGGUAAAGAAGAGAAUUACAUCCAGAGUAUAGAGAUGAGGCACGACACGCAGGCCGGUAACACAAGCACUGGAGACAAUUUUCAAGGGUUUCCUAACAUUGAUCAUACUCAAAACUUUGUUAGAAAAGACAUUGUUAACUGGUUACGAUGGCUAAGAUACAUUGUUGGCUUCCAAGAUUUUCGUUUUGAUUUUGCCAAAGGCUACUCUCCAAAGUUUAUAAAGGAAUACAUAGAGGGAGCAAAGCCAAUAUUCUCUGUUGGGGAAUAUUGGGAUACAUGCAAUUAUAGUGGCACCGAUUUGGAUUACAACCAAAAUAGUCAUAGACAAAGGAUCAUUAAUUGGAUUGAUGGAGCAGGCCAACUUUCAGCUGCAUUUGAUUUCACAACUAAAGCAAUCUUGCAGGAAGCUGUGAAAGGAGAAUUCUGGCGUUUGCGAGAUCCUUAUGGGAAGCCGCCUGGAGUUAUGGGAUGGUGGCCUUCAAGGGCUGUCACGUUUAUUGAUAACCAUGACACAGGAUCUACUCAGAAUCACUGGCCUUUUCCUUCACAUCACAUCAUGGAGGGCUAUGCAUACAUACUCACUCAUCCAGGGAUUCCUGCAGUAUUUUAUGAUCAUUUUUACGACUGGGGAAAUUCAAUUCAUGACCAAAUUGUCAAGCUGAUUGAUAUCCGGCGCAAUCAAGGCAUAAACAGCCGCUCAUCCAUAAGAAUUCUAGAUGUUCAGCCAAAUCUUUAUGCUGCAAUCAUCGGCGAGAAGACUUGCAUGAAGAUCGGGGAAGGCUCUUGGUGCCCAGCUGAACGGGAGUGGACGCUUGCUACUUGUGGCACCCGCUAUGCCAUCUGGAAGAAAUGAGUCAAAGGGUCCCGCCGGGAGGCAGGCAGCAGGAAGUGUCAUACUCAUGCGUACCAUUUUAGGAUGAUGGACGCUGUAUCAAUGUUUUGGUCCUAUGUUUUCAAAUUUGCUACAAGUAUUCAGUUCAUGCUACGCUAAAAUAUUCACUUAAUGUAUCUCAUUGAUGCUUAUAAGCUGAUGUAAUUCUGCCUUUUUUUUAUUAAAGACAUACUAGUAUA